UAGGGGAAGGGUGGUCACUGAUGUCCAGCAGGAGCCCUUGACAGGUAGAGCCUACCAGAGCAUCUCCAGGACCACACCAUGUACCUGUUCUCCCGUAAGACCAAGACCCCCAUCAGUACCUACAGUGACUCCUACAGGGCUCCCACCUCCAUCAAGGAGGUCUAUAAGGACCCACCUCUGUGGGCCUGGGAAGCCAACAAGUUUCUGACUCCGGGUCUGACUCAUACCAUGGAGCGCCAUGUGGAUCCCGAAGCCCUGCAGAAGAUGGCCAAAUGUGCCCUACAGGACUACACCUAUAGGGGGUCCAUAUCAGGCCACCCCUAUUUGCCUGAGAAGUACUGGCUUUCUCAAGAGGAAGCAGACAAAUGCACAACAAACUACCUGAGCAGUGACCGGUACAACACAUGGAGGAUGGAACCUUACAACAGCAGCUGCUGCAACAAAUAUACCACCUACCUUCCUCGGCUGCCUAAGGAGGCCGGGAUGGAGACAGCAGUUCGAGGAAUGCCCUUGGAAUGCCCUUCUAAGCCGGAGCGGCUCAAUGCCUAUGAGCGCGAAGUUGUGGUGAACAUGCUGAACUCACUAUCGCGGAACCAGCAGCUGCCGCGGACCGCGCCCCGAUGCGGGUGCGUGGACCCGCUGCCCGGCCGCCUGCCCUUCCAAGGUUACGAAAGUGCUUGCUCUGGCCGCCACUACUGUCUGCGCGGGUUGGACUACUACGCCAGCGGGACGCCCUGCACUGACCGCCGCCUGCGGCCUUGGUGCCGGGAACAACCGACUGUAAGAUGUGUACCUCCCUACGAGCACCGGCCCGGAAUGCAGUGUGCUGUUACAACUCCCCUGCCGUCAUACUGCCCAUAUCCGAACCUUAGGUGGGACACAAGUCACUUCAAGAAGACUGGUGGUCCCCAGAGAAACAACUAUGUCAUCCAUCCUGAGUUUGUGUCUGAGACCUAUCCUGACUAUCGUUGCUGGUAGAGCCUGGGCUUGCUGGGCCAUGGGGGCAGAGCAAUAAAUAAACUCUUCACCCCCAAA